AUGUCGCAGCAAAAGGGAAAGGCCUCUGGUGCCAGCAAGGGCAAGAAGUCCGGCAAGGCUGGCGCCGAUGGCAAGCGCGAGGAUGUCUUGCAGGCCGUGAUCAUCGCCGACUCCUUCCAAGACAGAUUCGCUCCGUUCUCGGUAGAGAAGCCAAGAUGUCUUCUACCCCUUGCAAACACGCCCCUCAUCGAAUACACCCUCGAAUUCCUCGCCAUGAACGGCGUGCAGGAGGUCUAUAUCUACUGUAGCUCCCACUCCGAACAGAUCGAGAACUAUAUCAACACAUCGAGAUGGUCGCCCAUGUCCAUUCGGACCCCCUUUACGAGCCUGCAGUUCAUCCGCGUCUCCGACGCCCGCUCCAUUGGCGACUUCCUCCGUGACCUCGACGGACGUGGCAUCAUGGACGGUGACUUCAUCGUUGUCCACGGCGAUGUGGUCUCCAACAUUUCCCUGGACGGCGUGCUGGCGGCGCACAAGGCGCGCAAGGAAGCCGCCGCGACCAACAUCAUGACUGUCGUCCUGCGAUCGGGCGGCGCCGACGAGCACAGAACGAAGCCGAACGCCAUCAACCCGGUGUUUGUGAUCGACUCCAAGACGAAGCGCUGUCUGCACUACGACGAGACACAUCCCAUGCAGAGCGACCACUACAUGACGCUCGACCCGACCGUGAUCGACGAGCUGUCGACCGACUUCGAGAUCCGCGGCGACCUCAUCGACGCGGGCAUCGACAUCUGCACACCCGAGGUGCUGGCUCUGUGGUCCGAGAGUUUCGACUACGAGCUGCCUAGGAGGAAUUUCCUACACGGUGUACUGAAGGACUGGGAACUCAACGGCAAGGCAAUCUACGCCGAGGUCCUCGAGGACGGGUACGCUGCGCGCGCGAGCAACCUCCAAAUGUACGAGUCAAUCAGCAAAGACGUUCUCGGCCGCUGGACGUUUCCCUUCGUCCCAGACUGCAAUAUCAUUCCGGGCCAGACUUACAAGAUGACCAGCGGCGCGGUCUGUAUAGAGGACGGGACGGUCAUGGCGUCCGACAGCAAGAUUUCGAAAUCAAUCCUGGGCCAGGGAGCCACCGUCGGUGCCGGCAGCAGAGUAUCCAACAGCAUCAUCGGCAGGAGAUGUAAGAUUGGCAACAACGUUCGCAUCGAGAACAGCUUCAUCUGGGACGACGCAAUCAUUGAGGACGAAGCCAUUGUGACACGCUCCAUCCUCGCCGACUCUAGCGUCGUUGGCAAGGGCUGCACUGUCGACGCCGGCUCGCUCCUUUCGUAUGGCGUCGUCCUGGACGAAAAGACCAAGGUGCCCGAAGCUACUGUACUCGCUGUCACCGCACAUGAUGGCAACCCCGUCACACCAGACACCACCCUCGUCGGGCUCAAGGGCAAGGGCUCUCGCUAUGUCGACCCCGAGGCCGAGGACAUGGACGACGAGGACCCCUCGACCCUCCAGCGCUCCCUCAUCUACAACCUCGCCAACCUCUCCCUCUCGACCUCCACCAUCUCGACCCUCUCUUCCGAAAUGGACGACGACGACUCGGAUGCCGGCUCGGCCACCACCCCCUUUUCCGCCGACUCUCGCAACCGCGCCGACUCGUUCGUCUCGGACGACUCCCAGGGCAAGUCGGGCUUCCACUACGACGCGGUGCACGGCCUCCUCGACGCCCUUCGCGCCGACUCGACCGAUUUCGACGCGGCCAAGCUCGAAUUCAUGGGCCUCCGCCUCGCCAACGACGCCUCGGACGUGUCCAUGCGCAAGGCCAUCGCCAUCGCCUUCGCCCGCCGCGCCGCGGAGCUCCUCGAGCCCGAGCACGGCGGCCUCGAGGCCCCCAAGGCCGCCGACGUGACAUUCAACUCGAAAAAGGGCGCGUCCAAGUUCGUCUCCGAGGUCGGCGUCGGCGGCGGCGAGGCGGAGCAGGUCGAGUUCGUGCUCGCGCUCCAGCGCGCCCUGCUCGGCUGCCGGAACCUCGAGCACCACCGCGCCGGCGUCCUGCUGGCCGCCAUGCUGCAGCAGCUGUACGGCCUGGACGUCCUCGAGGAGGAGGGCAUCCUAGCCUGGUGGGAGGACGCGCGCGGCGAGGACGGUGAGGGCAUGGCGGCGCUCAAGGACAAGUGCAGGGUCCUGGUCGAGUGGCUGGAGAACGCCGAGGAGGACGACUCGGACGAGGAGGAGUCGGACGACGAGUAG